AUGGCGGUGGCGUCGAGGCUGGCGGUGGCGCGGGUCGUCUCGCCGGACGGCGGCGCGGGGACCGGGAGAAGGGGGCCGUCGGGGUUUGCGGCGGCGGCGGCGGCGGCGAGGAGGGGGAGGAGGCGCGGAGGGGCCGUGGCCGCCAGCCCCCCGACGGAGGAGGUGGCGCAGAUGACGGAGCCGCUCACCAAGGACGACCUCGUCGCCUACCUCGCCUCCGGGUGCAAGCCAAAGGAGAACUGGAGAAUUGGCACAGAACACGAGAAGUUCGGUUUCGAUGUUGAAACAUUGCGCCCUAUAACGUAUGAUCAGAUCAGUGGCAUACUGAAUGGGUUGGCUGAGAGAUUCGAGUGGGACAAGAUAAUGGAAGAAGGCCAUGUUAUUGGUCUCAAGCAGGGAAAGCAAAACAUUUCACUGGAACCUGGGGGCCAGUUUGAGCUUAGUGGUGCUCCUCUUGAAACGUUGCAUCAAACUUGUGCAGAGGUCAAUUCGCAUCUUUAUCAGGUCAAAGCAGUUGGUGAGGAAAUGGGAGUUGGAUUUCUUGGACUUGGUUUUCAGCCAAAAUGGCCACUGAGUGAUAUACCAAUAAUGCCCAAGGGAAGGUACGAAAUUAUGAGAAAUUACAUGCCUAAAGUUGGUUCUCUUGGCCUUGAUAUGAUGUUCCGCACAUGCACUGUGCAGGUUAAUCUCGACUUCAGUUCAGAGCAAGAUAUGAUAAGCAAAUUCCGUGCUAGCCUCGCAUUGCAGCCUAUCGCGACAGCAAUAUUUGCAAACUCUCCCUUCAAAGAAGGAAAACCAAAUGGGUUUCUCAGUUUAAGAAGCCAUAUCUGGACUGAUACUGAUAACAACCGCUCGGGGAUGCUUCCUUUUGUUUUUGAUAAUUCAUUUGGAUUUGAGCAAUAUGUGGACUAUGCAUUAGAUGUCCCAAUGUAUUUUGUAUACCGGAACAAGAAAUACCUUGACUGUACCGGAAUGUCAUUUCGGGAUUUUAUGGUAGGAAAGCUCCCACAGGUUCCGGGGGAGUUGCCCACUUUGAACGACUGGGAGAACCAUCUAACAACAAUUUUUCCUGAGGUUAGGUUGAAGAGAUACAUCGAGAUGAGAGGUGCUGAUGGUGGCCCAUGGAGGAGAUUGUGUGCCUUGCCUGCAUUUUGGGUUGGGUUGUUGUAUGAUGAGGAGUCACUCCAAAGCAUUUUGGACAUGACUGCUGAUUGGACAAAGGAAGAAAGAGAGAUGUUAAGACGGAAGGUGCCAGUAACUGGUUUGAAAACACCAUUCCGUGAUGGCUAUGUAAGAGAUUUAGCUGAAGACGUUCUCCAGUUGGCUAAGAAUGGACUAGAAAGAAGAGGAUACAAGGAGGUUGGUUUCUUGAGAGAGGUUGACGAAGUGGUUAGAACAGGUGUGACACCUGCUGAGAGGCUUCUGAACCUGUACGAGACGAAGUGGAACCGAAGCGUGGACCCUGUAUUUGAGGAAUUGUUAUACUGAUAAUAAGAAGCAUCAAAGCCUAUCAUAUUUAACUUUGGUGAACGCUUGACAGGGUCUUCAGAUUGUAUCACCUACCCCAAAAAUCUCAUCCUCAAUUAUACAAGCCAUCUGACAAGGGGAACUUCCUUCCGGUCUUGCGGCUGCGAAUAACUUGAAGCUCGGAACACUUUGUUUGUGGGUGACCUUUCCAUUUUCAGUUGUUGGGAGUUUUUACAACUUUUGAUUUCCCCCUAUCCACAGGGAGCUGGAACAAACCACUGUUUGUACCGGACCCUUUUUCUUCUUUUCCUGAUGAAUGUUGUACUGUAUCAGAAUAAAUCCAUCUUGUGUAAUGGUGGAAGGAACCUGAUUCCCGAGAAAUAAUUUGGAGUGUUUGGGACGCAUGUUCAUGUUAAUCAAAGCACAGGUUUCUGUGGCCAUUUGUCUC